AUGCUUAAGGAAUUCCUACGUAACGAUGGGGAGCGACCAUUCAAACUCCCAAUGCCUGAUGUAAUCAGAGAGGAUAAGUCUGCCUGGAGGACAGAUGAAGAAUUUGGACGGGAAAUGCUUGCUGGAGUAAACCCUGUCAUCAUUCGUCGCCUGCAGGAGUUUCCACCUGCCAGCAAGCUUGACCCUGAAGAAUAUGGAAAUCAAACCAGUACAAUCAAAAGGGAGCACAUAGAGAAGAACAUGAAUGGGCUCCCUGUGGAUGAAGCACUUGAGAAUAACAAGCUCUUCAUAUUAGAUCAUCAUGAUGCACUGAUGCCUUACCUGCAAGACAUUAACUCGACUACCACAAAGACUUAUGCCAGCCGAACGAUCCUAUUACUCCAAAACAAUGGGACAUUGAAGCCACUGGCAAUUGAGUUGAGCUUACCACAUCCACAAGGAGUCAAAUAUGGAGUCACCAGCCAAGUCUUCACUCCAGCAGAGCAUCGACUUGAAGGUUCAGUAUGGCAGCUAGCCAAAGCUUAUGCUGCUGUAAAUGAUUCUGGCUAUCAUCAGCUCAUUAGCCACUGGUUAAAUACCCAUGCAGUAAUAGAACCGUUUGUGAUUGCAACAAACAGACAAUUAAGCGUGCUUCACCCAAUUUAUAAGCUUCUUCAUCCCCAUUUCCGUGAUACAAUGCAUAUAAAUGCCUUGGGUCGGCAAACCCUCAUCAAUGCAGGUGGGGUAAUGGAGAUGACAGUCUUUCCAACAAAAUUUUCCAUGGAAAUGUCUUCUUUUAUAUACAAGAACUGGGUUUUCACAGACCAGGCACUACCUACUGAUCUGCUCAAACGAGGAGUGGCAGUUCCAGACUCAAGCCAGCCACAUGGGCUCAAACUUCUAAUAGAAGAUUAUCCUUAUGCAGUUGAUGGGCUUGAAAUCUGGUCUGCAAUCGAAACCUGGGUCACAGAAUAUUGCUCUUUCUAUUACCCUACAAAUGACACAAUCCAAAGCGACUCUGAACUUCAAGCAUGGUGGAAGGAGCUCCGGGAAGUGGGCCAUGGUGACAAGAAACAUGAGCCAUGGUGGCCUAAGAUGCAGAAAAAAGAUGAACUCAUCCAAACCUGCACCAUUAUCAUAUGGGUGGCUUCUGCUCUACAUGCAGCUGUCAAUUUCGGGCAAUAUUCUUAUGCUGGCUACCUUCCAAACCGCCCGACCAUAAGUCGCCGCUUCAUGCCUGAGCCAGGCACUCCCGACUAUGCUGAGCUUGAGUCAAACUUUGAUAGGGCCUUCCUGAAGACAAUCACAAGCCAGUUCCAAACCCUGCUAGGUGUUUCUCUGAUAGAGAUUUUGUCCCGGCAUUCUUCAGAUGAGAUUUAUCUAGGGCAGAGAGACACUCCUGAAUGGACUUCUGAGGCUGAACCGAGAGAGGCAUUUGAUAGAUUUGGAAGAAAUUUGAUAGAAAUCGAAGGCAGAAUAAUGGAUAGAAACAAUGACAAGAGAUGGAAAAACCGAGUUGGGCCAGUCAAAGUGCCUUACACCUUGCUCUAUCCUAGCACAUCAGAUACGAGUAAAGUCGGAGGACUUACAGGCAAGGGAAUUCCCAACAGUGUCUCAAUAUGA